AUGGCCACGAAGCGCAGAGCAGAUACGCCACCGGCCGCGACCAGCGCAUCAACAAGCACCAAGAAGACAAGAACAGCGCGGCGCUCAUACCAUGUCGCCGACAACAGCUCCGGCGGACACAAUCCAACAACUCCACGGCUCCAGUCGCCCCUUAACUUCCUGCACGAGUGCCCUUGGAACAUACCCACAGAGAACAAUCGCAUCAAGCACUUCGACCCUGUUCAAAUCAGUCGAGAUGCCUUGCAGACGCAUGUAAUCGUGCACCCAAAGCUUCAACCUCUGAUCACCGCCUUCCUCCACUACAAGCAAGCCCACGGCUCCGACAUAGAGAAACGCCUGUACGCCGACAUGUCUCAACACGACCUCGUUGCUCGUCUCAUCACGAAUCGCUGCCUGCAUUUCGUCCAAGCGCACGACUACACCGUCCUCCGAGAUGGCACCAUUUUGCCCUACGGCCAUGACGAAUGGAUGCGCGUCGGCACGGAUGCGGAAGAUGUCAACCACCACAUCUUUCUGGAGGACUAUCUCUCCUACGAUGAAAUGAUGCUCGCCUCCAUGCUCGGCACAUCUGGACCUACCCACUUCAUCAACGCGGGUCAACGAGAUAGCAGAGCUGAAAUCGACCCCACCGUCCCUCAUCAAGAUCGUGGCAUCAUCGUCGGUCUAGUCGGUGCGCGUUUCGAUGCGCGAGGGCAAAUGGACCACAUCAUCUGCGGUCUGGCUCAACACUGGCACGGCGAGCGACUUCAAGAUCCAGAGCUCACCAAAAUCUUCCGCAAAUUCUUCGAUCCAGACUACGAUGAGGAGACAUUCAAGGAAGGCGAUCUCAACGAGAAGAUCUACAAGGGCCGCAUCCAGCUCACGAUCGAAACCGCCCUGCUCGAAGCAGAUGACCGCGCUGCUGCCGAAGGAACCACAGCUCACAUGUUCCUACCCGGCCUUGGUCUAGGCGUCUGGCGCGUCUCCAAAAUUCAAAUCAAAUGGUACUUCGAAGCCCUCCUCGACUCCCUUACCUGGCUCGACCUCAAACAUGUCACAACUCUCGAAUGCGGAUGGGAGAAAUUGACCGGCUGGCCAAAGCUGGAAGCAAGCCUCAAAGCUAUUGGCAAAGAAAGAGGUAUCAACGUCCUCAUCGGUAGUCAGAGACCUCCUUGUGGGAAACUAGAGACCGAAGAAUUGCUUGUGAGAAUUUGGGCUUGGGAUGGAAACUCUUUGCCUGGGAAUGAGUAUUGGAGUGGUGGGAGCUGUUUGACCAGCAGUGAUGAUCCGGCUGCGGCGUGUAACUCUACCAUCGUCGAGUUGCACAAUCCUUGGGUUAAUCCGUUUGAGAGGAAGGUUAAGGUACUUUUGGAGAGGGAGAGGAGGAGUGAGGAAGAGCAUGCCGCAUCGCCUGCCAUCAGCACGGACUUUCCUACCCUCGAGGAAAUCAGAGCUGCUAUCCCGGCUCAAGGCACCGAUAUUAAAACCCUUGUAUCGCUCUUCAAACCACGCACCACUGGCAGGGUUGCGGAAUUCAUCAGAUUAGUCAAGAUGAGGAGACGGGGAAGAAUGAGAUGGAUGCAGGAAGAACAAAGAGAGCUGCUGGCUUAUUAUAGACUGUCGUACCUCGUACAACGCGUCAAAUUUUGGCCGGAUUCGGGAAUCUUGAAGUUCAUGAUGGAAUGCGUUCGCACUUCUUGUCUCUCCCAGACAGCUCCGACUGCGGCUGCGCAGAAAGCAGCAUGGACGGAAUUCAAUCUUGAUAUUUGGCGCCCAGGUCGUCGUCCAGGCGGAGAACGAGGCCAGAAUGGUAAAGCUGAAGAACGUCCUGCAGCCGUUGUGGUGGGCCUCAACAACGUAUGGACCAGAUUCACUGCUCCUGAGCGGCUCAAUGUCUACCGAAUCAUUCAGAACUACAUCGCCACCGAGGCACAGCUUGCCGCUUUACCAGCCAUACCAGCGCAAGUCCCGAACCGCACUGCGACAAUCAAUACAGUGCAAGACUACUUCCGAGCCAUUUCCCGCAGGCUCGAGCACGAAGAGACCCUCGUUGAAAUCGCCACAAUCCUCAUUAAUGCCCUGCCACAAAAGCCCGUCAGAGAGAAGCUCGUGACUCACAGGAACACUUUGAAUGCUACUGCAACGCAGCAUCGGCAAUCUCUUGGUGCCAUACGGGACCUCGAGACGCGAUGUCAGGAGUACGCUAGAGACAUAGCACCUCGCGCUCCCCCUCGUGGCACAGACGGUGACCGUGAUUACGGCAAGGUCAGGGAGUACUUUGACAAUCACAUCCCUGCCCUGAGACAGCGUAUUCAGGACCGGGACGGACUUCGACAAGAUUUUGACGCUGCCGUCAAUGCCCUUAGUGGUGACACUAGAGAUGUUGCAGUUGCACAAAGCCGCUGUCUUGUGGCGAUGAGGAGUGAACAAGACCUUACGCUUACGAGACUGAGGGCAACAGUGGAAGUCUUGCGAUACUGGCUUCAAAAUGACCCUCGCGAUGGUGAACCGCAUGAGAGUACUGCCCCCACCGCUCCAUUGCCGGAUGUAGACGAGCUGGAACGCUAUAUCGCGAGUCUGGACGACUUCAAGAGCUUUCACGACGCCGUCCAGCGAAUGAAUGACUUUUACGAUGCUCGCUUGCCUGGGCCUCCAGCGCCUCCACCCCCUGGAGAUGUCGCAGAAACAGAGCUUGCAACGCUGUUCCCGAUCAUGGAAGACGCCUACGGCAAGCACAGAGAAUGGCUGGAACGGAUUCCGGCUCACAUCCGACGCCUGCGAGACGCCUUCGAGGCCAAAUGGGAAGACUACGACAGCCUGAACGAAGAUGAGAAAAUCGCUUUGAAGGAGUUCGCUGAUAAGGUGGUUGAGCGGCGAGAGACCAUGGACGCCGAACUAGGCCAAGGAUGGAUGGGGCCAGUGUUCCUAGGUGAGGGCGGACACGGUAUAGUCUCGCUCUGGAUCAAACAAGACACGGCUGGACGCAUCGUAGAUCGUGUCACUGUCAAAGAGGCAACCAACUACAACGAGAACGACAAUCCAUCUCUUGGGCUAUGGAAAGCACCAUACCCCAUCUCUUUGGAGGUGGCAGCUAUGUACAAGUUGAAGUACCUACCUGGCUCAGAUCAUAUUGUGCGGAUUCGCAAUUUCAGGACAAAGCCGCCGGUGAACGGCGACAAGAGACAUCGAAUAUAUGCGGAAUACUGCAAGGGUGGCGAUCUUAAAGCAUACCAGUCGAUUUACCACGAGCCAGACGAGGAUCCGUUAAGCGAGCCAUUCCUUUGGGCGCUGUUCGAUUCUCUUGUGUCUGCCGGCUUGCUUAUGGAGGGCCAUCAUCUCCCCAAGACAACACCGCCCAUGUGGGACGAAAUUGUACACGGCGACAUGAAGGCAAACAACAUUCUGCUGGCGGACAACCCCACCGGCCACUUUCGAGGCUGGCAGAUAUCUAAGCUCUCGGAUUUCGGCCUUACAAUGAUCAUUCCAGCAACGGGAAUCGAGCCGCCAGAUAGCUGGGAACGGCGUUAUUCCAACUGGGUAGCACCUGAGAUGACCAAGGUAUACAAUACUACCGAGGAAGACGGUGAGGCUGGUGUGUCUGGAAGCCUAUAUCCUAGGUCCCCAGCAAAUGUAUGGGGAGCAGGAUUUGUGAUGCGGGAGAUGAUGCAUACUAAUCCAUGGGCUGGACUCUGGAGUCGUUCCCAAAUUUCGAGUCCAGGAAGACGAGCUAACAGCCGAGAAGAUGGAUGGCCGAAGCCUCCUCCGUCAUUCACAGCCGUUGAAGAUGGCAGAUACAGCGCGACGUUGAGGGAUCUGGUCAUGAAAUGUCUCGAUAUCAUUCCCGAGAAACGCCCUACAUUUGUCGACCUCAGACGUGCGAUCAUUGCUGAAACAGGUCCUACAGGCACUGAUGCUCGCCUGGUCAAUCUCCGCGAUGCUCCUGCCGAUGACCCUCGAUUUAUCCUCCACGGUCCUCAUCGAAGUGUGGAUAACUAUGCCGUGGGUCUAGCUGUCGACGACCUGCCAGCAGACACUUUGCCAUUCGAGACGAGACUUCCUCGGCCGACUGCAGAUUCCGCGAAUCCUGAAGUCGUUGGGGGAGGAACUGGUGAAGAGGCUGCCGUUCCCACAAACGUUCAAGAUGCAAUGCAAUAUCUCAAAGACACCCAGUCGCCCACGGAGAGUUCAUGGAGUGUUCCGAGGUCUAGAUGGUCGACAAAGCAUCCGUGUAGCGCCGGAUUCGGAAUUGCGAGAGAGACAAUCACAUGGAACCCACCAUCAAGCGAAUCUCGCGCAUUUCGCGAGCACUUUACCUUUUUGACAAACCAAAUCAUGGCAGCAGCAGCAGCAGCUCCUACUCCACUUGAACGAUGGAAAGACUUCAACGUAGAUUUAUGGAGGGCAGCACAGCCUCGUGCCACCAGUCAUGGUGUGAGAAGAGGAGCCAGCAACGCUUGGAACGCAAUCACCGUCGCUGAACAAGCCAAUGUCAUCACGGAAGUUGAUCGUUGGACCAAUGUUCGAGCACAACUCGAUAUCACUUUGAUGAACCCUUCACCCUUGCCAAACGCAGUCCCGAAUACCAAUGAUCGGAAUACAUUGGAUGACUUCUUCGAAAGAGGUUACGAUGUCUGCCUAUCUACCAGGAGUCUCGCAGCCAGCUUGGACAGAAUCGUGAACAUCGUUCAGCACAAGUCAGUCCGCGAGCGAGUGGUUCCCGCUCGUGACCAGGCCCAAACCGUCGCUGCAACAUGGAUGGCAGCUCUCGGUGCUAUGCGAGGCUACACGAGACGUAUACGCAGUUUCGGAGACCGUAGCCGUAUAGGUCCCGCUGGUCCCACGAGAGCCGGUCCAACGCCAACAUAUUCAGAGGACCGAGACUACCUCGACGCGAAUCGAGAUGCACUCCGAGACCGAAGAGACAAUCUGCAAACCCUGAUCAACGACAUUCGCACCGAAGUGCAAACGCGUGCGAACAGCAACGCCGUUGUCCCUCGCGGAGAGCGGAUCUACCUCAAUCAAUACGUGACGCCAAUGCAAAGGCGCAUCGAUCUUCUCACUCAUAUCGUGGCAAUCCGUAGCCGCUGGGACAAAGAUACCGACAUGAUUGACGAUGGCGCGCGCAUCAACGAUUUCGGACAAGAACCCAGUGUGAACAAUCUGAGAGAUUUCAUCCGGCAUCUUGACAACAUCAAAGGCUUCGAGGAGGCACUGACUCGACUGACUGCUUGUUACACCUCCAGAUUUCCGACUCAGCCGAUGGUGGCAGGGACCGAUGUCGAAGCGCUUUUCCCGUCGAUCGUCCGUUGUCAUCAGCAGCAUACCCUUUGGCAGAAUGCCACGGUGCCGGAAGUGAAUCGUCUGCAGGCGAUGUUCAGUAACCAGUGGGGCGGCGACUUUGAUGCCUUAUCCCUCGAUCAGCGAGACAGACUGCGCGCACGAGCCAAGGAAGCUUUGAGACAGAGAGAAGCAAGAAAUGCCGACCUCUCGAGUUCCUGGAUGGGACCAAUGCAUCUAGGCGCAGGAAUGCAUGGAGUCGCGUCGAUAUGGAUCAAACAGGACGCCGCGGGUCGCAUCUCAGACCGUGUCACAGUCAAAGACACGAACAAUUCCAAUCCCAACUACCUGAACCCUUCUGGUGUCGUCCAACCUCCGCCGCGUCAUCCCAUGGAAGCCGUUGCAAUGCUGAGACUAGUCGACCUCCCCGGCUCCAGCAGCGUAGUCAACAUCCGAAACUGGCGCCGCAAGAGACCGUUCGAAACAAGUCCCGGGUACCGCAUCUACAUGGAAUUCUGCAGCGGAGGAGACCUGCAAGCCCUCUCCAGCAACUACUGGCCUCGAAGCUUGAAUCCGAAUUUCAUGCCCGAACCGUUCCUCUGGGCUGUCUUCGACUCGCUCGUGACUGCCGGGCUUUUGAUGGAAGGUUCGCAUCUUCGAGACGCGGCUCGACCUCUGUGGGACCAGAUCAUCCAUGGGGAUAUGAAGCCGGACAAUGUCUUCCUGGGCGAGAACACGAGUGGGACGUUUCGCGGCUUUCCUCUGGCGAAACUUGGGGAUUUCGGGCUUGCUACCGUUUUCCCGAAAGCAGGUCUCGAUCCGCAGGACAAUUGGAUCGCUUUCAGCGGGCCUGGAUAUCGAGCUCCCGAAAUGGCAAAGAGGUAUCGGAGAGGUAAUGGUGCUGCGGGCACAUACGCGCCCGAGUCGGCGGCGAAUGUUUGGGUACGUUAUACAAGCCUCCCCAUCGCGCACAGCAGCAUCCUCCACAACAACCCCUGGGCCAACCUCUGGCAAGGCGACGAAGCCGCCACCCCACACAAACCUCCAGGUUUCACCCACCCGCUCGAACUCACCAACUACUCCCCCCGCCUCCGCAACCUCAUCAUGUCCUGCCUCGAAGUCCAGCCCAUCGACCGCCCAACUUUCUCCCAACUCCGACAAAGCAUCCUCGCAGAAGUCGGAGACGAUGGCGCCGAUCCGAACCUCGCGAGACUGAGAGACGCCCAUCCUGCGAUCGAUGCGAGGUUCACCACCGGAGGCCCUCCACGGCCGGCGGACAAAUAUGCCCUGGGUCUGGCGACCGAUGACGUCCUCCCCGCGGCGCGCUAUCUACCUCCUCCUGCUGUGACUUCGCCUGUUAAUGUUACGGUCGGAGGACCCCCCGGAGCGGUGGCGAGUAAUGCUGAGUUUGAGAAUAAUGCUGUGCCGGAAUUGAUUCGGAGUGUUUUGAGUCGGAAACGGACGGAAGGACAAGAUUUUGCGAUUCGCAUUCGCAUUUUUCUGUCCAUACAACUAACUCACUCCUUCGCACUUUUCCGAAUUAUCGUGCAUUUCUCCGUGAUUCCAAACUGUGAACCCCCAAAAAUCGCAUCAUUUCAAGUCAGCAUACAUAACACACAUUCCUCCCUGUCCAUGACUACUCACAGGCGCCAACAUCCUACUCCGUCGCAAAUCUUCCCUUUUCCACUUCCCGUUAAAUACCUCCUGGUCCUCGAACUCUAA